AUGGAAGAUGGAAUUUUGCAAGAGUUGCAGAUGAAAUGGGAAGCCAAACUACUCGAAACACGCGUUGCAGACUUUGCUCGCGCUCCCCGUCCCAAUCCUGAAUCAGACGACGAACCUCCUCCUCCUCCCAACGCUGCUCUUCCCCAACCGGUGUCAAAUACAAACACGCCCAUCAAUUCGACUACCGGACUUGCUUAUGCACAACAAUAUCCCCAAGGACUAGCAUUACCAAAUGUUCCAGGUGUAUCCAGACCGACAAACACGUACCCCCAAAAUGGGUUUGGGGAAAUACGUGUUAAGACUGAGGUUGAGGAUGUGUUACGUCCCAGGGGAGGAGCUCUCGAUGAGCUGGAAGCGGUGAUACAGUACCGGAGGGACAAUGUCACUCCGAUUCCCAUCGUCCUUCGGCCUAGAGGCGGAGUCUCCGAAGAAGGGGAUAUCAAACCGAAAGUCGAACCCAACGCAGCGGGAUUAUUACCAGGCGACGAGAUUAUAGAUUCCGAUCUUGAUGAUUCGGAUAGAGAAGCGGGUGAAGAAGACGAUGAAGAGGGUGAUGUGGACAUUGUCUUCUGCGUGUAUGACAAGGUACAACGUGUGAAGAACAAAUGGAAGACGGUUUUCAAAGAUGGUUUAGUACAUAUCAACGGGAGAGAUUAUCUCUUUACCAGGUGCACCGGAGAGUUCGAGUGGUAG